AUGGAGAUUCGCCGAUGUCGCUCCAUUUCCCAGUCACGGGCCAGCGUGGGCUGUCUGCUUGCACUACUUAUCCUCGCUAAAAGCAGCCUCGUUUACGGGCAACAAGUGUCAUGCGUACGCCUUAUCACGUUCCUCGUUCCGUUUGCAGCUGACCAAUCAGAGAUCAUCUUGGAGCCCCAGCAACCUUCGCAAAAUGACACCUCACAAGCCGCUCCGCCGCCCACACCUGAAAUUCCGCCUGAAGCUGCGCCAGAAUCGCAACCUGCGCCGACUUCUGAAACGCCAGGAGAAUCCUUCAACGAGUCUACCACCGAUGUAACGGGAAACCCGCCGGAAAUCCCGCUACUGGACCAGCCAGUCGACAAGGUUGUCCCGUCUGACGUAUCUGACGUGUACAUCGUCCGCCUGCGCGCCGCCCCGCCAAUCGCGGGAUACACCGGCGGAAUCAACGGGAUUGCCGCCACGGCAGCAGAGGCUGUCAGAGACUCUGUGUCUGACGUCAUCAACUCUGUAGCUGGGCGGAUUCGCAGGGGACGUCGCAGAGCGAAUCGCCAAUCGACGCGACUGAACCUGGGAUCGCCAGCUGUCGCGCAGUUCAAGCAGUGGCUCGAUCGGCUGCAGGAUGGAGUUGCGAAUGACGUGUGCCUGCCGCGCGCGAAUGUACUGUACAAGGCGGCAGCAGGGAACAGCAACGUGCCCAUAGUGCUACCUCCCCGCAAGACAGCCAUUGGCAACGCCACCGGCAUGGCCCCCCGGGCCUUCCUCGCAGCCUACAAGGUCUUCUGGGGCAACGCCAACGCCGGCGGGACCACUGCCACGUAUGCUGACGUGGAGGCAGCAGUCAACGCGGCUGUCGCUGACGGGGUUGACGUCAUCUCGCUCUCCCUGGGCGGCGCAGACCCCAGUGCCACGUAUUUUAGCGAUCUGCCGUAUUUAUACGCGAAUCUGGCAGGGACGGUGGUGGUUUAUGCGGCAGGGAACUCUGGUCCGCCUCCUCUCACCUCUUCCAUGUAUCGAAGCAUCUCCAACUUCUCGCCGUUCUACCUCACUGUUGGCGCCAGGUGGGUUUCCAGGUGGGUUUCCAGGUGCUUUUCUAUCGGCAUCAGCCAUGCGCGUGUGGCGAGUGAUUCACCACCCCAGCCAUGCCUGACCCUUGUUUCCCUUUUCUAUUCCUUUCCUCUCCCUCCCUGCAGCACCAUUGCUCGCAGCUAUGUUUCCUCAGGCACGCUGGGCGACGGCACCAUCGCUCGCAGCUACGUUUCUUCAGCCACGCUGGGCGACGGGCGGGUCUUGAAGCUGUACGGGUUUGGCUCAGGAAAUGUGCCGGUGCAGAAAAUUGGGCUGGCGGAUGGGUUAGCAGCGCGGGCAGCUGGGAAGACAGAGACCGAGAAAUUCGGGUUGGCGGAUGGGUUAGCAGCACGGGCAGCUGGGAAGACUGAGACCGAGUGGCAUUGUAGCGGUGCAGAGGGGUUGGGGCUGGUGGAUGGGUUAGCAGUGCGGGCAGCAGGGAAGACUGAGACCGAGACCAGCACCGGCAUCAACAUUUCUCUUCUCCUCCCCGUCCUCCCGUUCCCCUCCUCCACCCGCCAGGGCCAGUACUGCUCCGCAGGCGCACUGAACACCACCAAGAUCGCCGGCAAAAUCGUGCUGUGCUCGUAUGGAUGGACCAGCACAGGCAGCAAGGCAGCAGAGGUUGCUGCGAAGGGCGGCAGGGCUGUGAUUGUGGUGGAUGUGCCACCUGCAGCGAGACCGUAUCCGAUUUAUGAGUCUCGGCUGCCUGUCAUGGGAGCAGAGGUGAACGAGACGAAAAUUUUGCGCUUGUACACCCGCACCAUGGUCAGCAUACCACUCCCCAUGUUCCUUGAAUACCCCACGCAUGCAUACCCCCAGCCAUUCCGCACGCAUGCAUUUCCCCUCCCAAGUUCUCUCCCGUCCCCUACCCAAAAGUCCUCCUCUUUCUCGCCCUUCCCCCCGCUCCUCCCCGCGCUCCCCCUCGCUCUCCCCUCCACCAGCCCGACUGCGUCCUUUUCCUACACCUUCAAAACGGACGUAGCUACCGAUCAAGCACCCGAAGUCGCGUAUUUCUCGUCUGCUGGUCCGCUCGUCAACCCCGCUGACGCAACCAAGCUCUCUUUCCCCACCAACGACAUCUUAAAGCCCGAUGUAAUUGGUCCCGGCGUUUCCCUAUGGGCCGCUGCGCGCUCCGCGUCCCUCGCAUCGGCUUCUACACCUGCGUACGCUAUGCUUAGCGGAACCUCUAUGGCUACUCCGCACAUGGCGGGAAUCGCGGCGCUGCUCGUCGAAAGAUACCCUGAUUGGACGCCGUCGCGAGUUAUGUCCGCGAUUAUUACUACAGCGAACGUCACUAAUAACAAAAACGGGCCGAUCGUAACGGGUUCUUCUGGAAAAGCGGCGACGCCGUGGGAUAUGGGAGCGGGACACGUCAACCUCAACGGUCUGAUGGACCCUGGACUCACUUUUGCCGCCAACGCUGCGGAUUUUUACAACUUUCUUGCCGGGCAGAAUUCGGUGACCGCCAAGUCGUUCGCGCCAAUUGGCACGAAGAUGUCCCCAACUCCGGCGUACGAUCUGAACCGCCCCACGAUUUCGGUCUCAAGGUUGAAUAAAACGGUGCUGGUGUCGCGAACGGUGCAGAACGUCGCGAAUACAGUAUCCAGCUACACUUCGACUGUCGUUACACCGCCUGGUGUUAUUACCGAGAUAACUCCAAAUCAAUUCACGAUCCCCCCAAUGGGGACUGUAACGUUCACUGUCCGCUUCACUGUCGCAACGGCGUCCCCUAGAAAUUUCCAAUUUGGAAGCCUGACAUGGAAGGACCAGUUUGGCCACGUCGUGCGGUCGGUGCUGGCGGUGCAACCUCUUUACGUGUAG